GAACUCUAGUGUCUGUCAAUGUUUUUAAGGUAGUAACAUUGAUCAGCCAGUCGGCAUGACACCUGAAGGAGUGGCAAGACGAGUCAGCAGAAAUUAAAGUACGGAAAAGCUUUGAGAAUUUUCUUGAAAGAGAGUUCUAUACGUUUGAAGUUAAAACGCAGCAGCGGAUGGCCCUCUCUGUGGCUGGUGUGGGGCCUGCUAAUGCGAGAAGAACACCCAUCUGAACCUAUGACUGAGUAAUGAACCUAAACCCCUUCUGGAGCAUGUCUGCCAGCACAAGUCGUAAGAGAACUGAUGAAGAGCAGAGUGGGCACGGGGACCAGAGAGCCAGCCCAGUCCGGACUCACUUUGGUAAAAAGGUCCUUCCGCCCAUUCCUAAGAAUGCAACCCCGAUUACAAAACCUGCAUCAAUGGGCAGUGCGACCCACUCGGCUAAUGGCACACACGCCUCCUAUGGCCCGUUUUACUUGGAGUACGCUCUGCUGGCGGAGUUCACACUCGUCAUUAAGCAGAAACUCCCUGGAAUUUAUGUCCAGCCAUCCUACAAGUCGGCACUAAUGUGGUUUGGGGUCAUAUUCAUCAGGCACGGUCUGUAUCAAGAUGGCGUCUUCAAAUUCACUGUGUAUAUUCCAGACAACUAUCCAGAUGGAGAGUCUCCUAAACUGGUAUUUGACAUCCCAGUCUUCCACCCUCUUGUGGACCCAGUAUCUGGAGAACUUGAUGUCAGAAGAGCUUUCACCAAAUGGAGACGGAAUCACAACCACAUCUGGCAAGUCUUGAUGUAUGCACGUACAGUUUUUUACAAGAUCAACACAACGGAGCCUCUAAACCCAGAAGCUGCAGUACUGUAUGAAAAAGAUGUGCAGCUGUUCAAAAGCAAAGUGGUGGAGAGCGUUAAACUAUGCAACAGUCAUCUUUUUGACCAGCCUAAGAUAGAUGAUCCCUACGCAAUAAGUUUCUCUCCAUGGAACCCAGCAGUGCAUGAAGAGGCAAAGGAGAGGAUGUUCACAUUCAAAAGACGGCCAGAGGAACACCACAAAGGAACACAGGUGUCAGGGUUAUCUUGGGUAAAGCCUGGUUCGACCCAGCCUUUCAGCAAAGAAGACAGUCCUCCUCAGAGCUGAAACUGCACCGUCGCUGUCUUGGCCACUAGAUGGAGACAAACAUUAACUGCUACACCUCUGGCUUUCCUCAGCCAUUUGUGUAGUUUGCCCUUGAAAUGGUUGGGAGAGUAUCAUUUUUAUCUCCACUUUAUUGCUCAGCUUUAAAAGCUCUUUAGGCUGCUCAUGACACAGCUGUAGAACAAUAAAAAGUAGUUUUGUAUCGUAAAAUGAAAAAUAGAUAUCUAAGCGACAUCAUUCAGGCUGUGAUGCAGUCAAAGUACAUUGUCAUUCAAUUUCUACUCCAUGCACAUUUAGUUAGAAGGGAAGAUAAAGUUCCAAAAGCAGGUAAAAUGUAUAAGCAAAGCACUUUGUAUACAUAUGGUAAGUAUAGUGGACUGCUUGAUUUAAAACCACUUGUGAAAUUGGCUUAGGACAGUAUGGUUUUUUUAUGGUUUGUUUGUUUUUUGGGGAUUAAACCAGAGUGAGUAAAAAGGUAUUCACACCUACUCCCAAGAUCCAAUAAGGUGGCGUUUUCAAUUCUUGUCCUCGGCACACUGUCCUGCAUGUUGUAGAGGUGUCCCUGCUCCAACACAUUCGAUUUUAAGGGCUUAAUUCUGCAGAACCCUGUUGUUUUACUACAACUUUACGUUAGGUGUACUGAAGUUUACAUGCAGAACAUUAUGAGCUGAAGACCAGGGGUGGGGAAUGCUGCUCUAGAGGUUAACAUAAUUUGCUUUGUUUUUAAAUGGGAAGCAGUUUUUCAGUUAAUCUUGGUUGUGUUUUAUGUAACUCCUAAUAUGUGUAAAGCAGAGCAGCCAAGUAUAAAUUUAAAUGAAAUGCUACUUAAAUAAGCUCAUUUUAUUUAGUUGGAUUUUAAUGACUUUUGAAUCCUUUAUGUAUCUUUUGGUUAUUGGUUAGUAAAGGUCUGCUGUGUAGAUAAUAGAUCCCAUUCUAAGGUUCUACUGCUUCUGGUUUCCUUAAAUAGUUGAUUUCCUACAAGCCCUCAAAAGUCUGCAAGAUUUCAACCCCAAAUGUGAGGGAAACUAUUUUUAUAGGGUUCCUUUGCUACCAUCUUGACAGCACAGAGUUUAUUUAAAACUGUAAAUGCUAAUUUUCCAAGAUGUUGGUGCAAAUAAUUUAGAGUUUUUGUUUGUUUUUCUGAAGGAUGAUCUGGAUUGAUGCUUAAGGUGUCUAUUGUCUUUCCAAAUACAACUCUUGACUGGUUUGCUUGAAAUUAUCUGCAGGGGUUUACCACAUUAGAACAGAAGAAGCAGCGGUGAAACCUGUAUGAAUUUCAUAAAACUAAUCAGAUUAUAGUCCCUGUGCAAUUUGGACUGUGGGCAUCUUUAAAUUUAUUUGAUUUGCUAUGGUUAGAAAGGUUCAUUUCCCACAGCAUAAAUUAUGUAAAUGUUUUAUUCUGAAACCAAUAAAAGGAUUUGUAAAGUG